UGAACACGUUAUUAAUUCUGAAAAGUGAAAUGAAAACCCAUCUCCCCAUCAUCUUCAAAAUCCAGUCAUUCUCUCAUCGUUAUUUAUUCUUACAUCUACCCAUGAUCGGUUACCAUCACACCAUUUUCCCUCUAACAGUUAGUUGUUAACAAAGAAAGAAAAAACCAACUCAUAAAAAAAUAACUGAUUGGUACUGGUUUUCCAGCAUCUGAUUCCUUCAGAAUCUUCCAUUUUUGGCUUCAUUCUUCAUCUGGGUAUCUCCACCUUCAACUCCUCUAUCGAUUCCCCCUUCUGGGUCGGUCUCUUUUUCGCAUUUUCAUCAGGUUUCAGAAUUGGAACAAUUGGGGUGUGAAAUGUUUCUGGUUUUCGUAUUGAUUCUCUUUGGGUUUCUUCUUGGGGUUGUGGCGGUUGUGGCCGCUCAAGCUCUUGGAUUCUUGUGGAUCCUGAAACGGUUGCGUUGCAAAUUUGAAAGAGACCAGGCCAAAAUCUCUUCACAAACUCAACUGGGUAGUGCUGAAAUUGAUCCUCAUCAAUUUUUCAAAAAAGAGGGUGUGAUUUGGAUUCUAGAGCCAGACAAGGUUUCAAAAUUCUGGUUGGAGAGACCACCAAGAGAGCAGAAAAGGAAAAAGGAACUCUUGGAGGUUUCCCCUGUUAGGAAGUAUGGUAAAAUCAUAGAUCAGUCACUUGUUCUCACAGAGCCUGAUGGCUUUCACAUCACCAUUCAGCUCAAGGGAUGCCUGGUUGAAGCUGUUUCAGCCACAAGCCUUCCUUCUAAAAAAUGGGCAAAAAAGUUUCCUAUCAAAGUGGAAACCAAAACAUCUGUGAUCUACCAUGGAAGCAAAACUCUUUACAUAUAUCUUGAGACUUCAUGGGAGAAAGAAGCAUGGUGCAAGGCCCUCCGUCUCGCUUCAUGUGAUCAAAAAGAAAAACUUGAAUGGUUUGCCCAGUUGCAAGAAGAGUUUCAUAAUUAUCUCGCAUCAGUGAAUACCGAAUAUCCUUCUUUAAUGAAACCAUUAGUUGGAUCAAGUGUAGAGGCAGUAGAGAGGAUUAGUAAGCCUGAUGGGUCUUCUUCAAAGGUUCGUCAAUUUUUGAAAAAACUUACAAAAAGAACUUCCCGAGUUGGUGUGGAUAAUAAAUCAACUUGGACUUCAUUGUCAGGCCGUGAAGAAAGAAAGAGCACUGAAAAACUACGUGCUUGUCAAGACGCAGUUUUAGCCACAGGCUUGAUGAAAACUGCUGCAGCAACAAAUCAUCUGAAAAGUUCCAUGUUAGACAAUGCUCCAUCAUCAUCAUCAUCAUCAACCUUAUCUCAUUCAAGAACCCAGAGUCAGAUUUCAAUCAGUUCUGAUGCUGAUGUUGAUGAUAAGUUUGGUAUGGAUGACGGAACAUUAUGUUGGAAUUUGUUGAUUUCCCGACUCUUUUUUGAUCUCAAAGGCAAUGCGCACGUGAAGAGAUCAGUGCAAGAAAGGAUUCAGAGGACGCUGUCCAAUAUGAGAACUCCCAGUUAUGUAGGUGAAGUCAUCUGUACAAACAUCAACAUGGGGAAUGUUCCACCCUAUAUCAUUGGAAUGAGGGUUCUUCCAAUUGAAAUGAGUGAGGGAUCAGCCUUAGAGGUUGACAUUGAAUAUUCUGGAAGUGCAGUGUUAGAGAUUGAAACAAGGCUUGAAGUUCGUGAACUAGAACUCCAAAGAGAGAAAGAGGGCUCAAAUCCAGAGUCGAGCAAUGUUGGGUCUGUUUCGUCAGAUCUUCUAGAAGGUUUUGAAUAUUUUGGUAAGCAAUUGAAUCUUGCUGAAGGAAUGAACGAUUUAAAUGAGCCAAAAGAAGAUGGUGUCUGGAACACUGACAUGUCUAAGAGCUUUAAGAACAAUACAACUUCCUCAACUCAUGGAUCGAGAUGGAAGUCUAUGUUAAAUUCUGUUGCGAAGCAGGUUUCACAGGUUCCUCUCUCUUUGGGUAUAAGGAUAGCAUCCCUCAGAGGGACAUUGCGUUUGCAAAUAAAGCCACCUCCAUCUGAUCAACUGUGGUACGGUUUCACAUUUAUGCCUGAUCUGGACUUCAACUUGGAAUCAUCUGUUGGAGAACACAAGAUUACCAAUUCGCAUAUUGCUUUAUUCCUGAUCAACCGGCUCAAGGCAGCAGUUCGGGAAACUAUGGUACUACCAAAUAGUGAAAGCAUAAGCAUUCCAUGGAUGCUAGCCGAAAAGGAUGAUUGGGUUCCUCGUAAUGUUGCGCCAUUCAUAUGGAUCAACCAGGAAUCUGGGAACGAGACUUCAACUUCAGUUGAUACCAAUAAUGUACCUUCUGGAGGAGUGAAAUCUAGUGCAAGUACCUUAAGUGAAGGUCCAGAGCUCAAACAACAAAAACCAAAGAGAAGCGAAUCUUAUCAAGAACCAGCUAGGAAAUCGGAUCCUCUGGCACUUCCACCAAGUUCCGCUAGUGCAAUAAUAUUAAGGAGUAGCAAAAGUUCUGGUGAACUGACAAGACCUUUGCUCGAGAAUGACGAACCACGAGAAACUAGAGAUGUGAAUGAACUAAGAACACCUUCAUUACAAAUUGACGAUACAAAUGAAACUAGUGAAGAAACGACGGAGGAUGUUUCUGUGUGCGAAUCACCUUCCAGCAGUGUGGCGAUGUUCAAACCAAAUAGUUCAAUUGAACAGGAUGAUUCAAGGCCAAAGAAAGUUGGGAGAAGGGAAAGGAUGCUUGAUUUGCGAAAGAAGAUGAGCGAGAAAUUUGAAGAAAAGAAGCGUCACAUUGAAGAAAAGAGUAGGCAUAUUGUUGAGAAGAUGAGAGGACCUUGAGAAAUAUUAACAAAGUAAAUUUCAGAAUACUAACUAUUUGUUAUGAUUGUUGGUCAUAUAAGAAAUUAGUGACAUUCAUAAAUAAGAAUGUGGGGAAUCAGAUAUUGUUUCAUUGUUAAAUUGUAUAUUUUUAGGGGCAUGUUUUUGUUGCA